ACCCUAGACAGUCGCAGUGGAGCCUUGGGCUGGAACAAAUGUUCCUAGUGGUAAAUACUGAUAGUAUUAAAACAAUGAGGACAGCCAGAGCCCAGUGUGGAGCAGCACACCACAGGAUUUCCAAAGCAGGCAACCACCAAGGGAAGGUAAUGUCUACUCUCUGAAACUCUGAAAGGACUGUGCUGCUAGUGUGACCUUCUCAAGCCAGCUUCAUGAAUGAGUGGGCGGGCUCGGAUAUUACUGUGGUGGGUCAGCUCCAGACGCCAGCAAGCGAUGGGUUCCCCUUGUCGGAAAACUCACAGUUCUUCGACUUGCUGGCAGAUCAGGGCAGUCCCCUGCUGCAAGACCCAGAGCUGCUGCCCUUUCCCAGCUAUCCCAGCAUGCAGUUCCCUCCAGUGCAGCCACCCAUGGCUUCUCCACCUUACUACUCCAGCCAGAACUACUUCCCAGCCUAUUCCGAGGAGUGGUACUCUCCCUCGGGGAUGUACGAACUGAGAAAGGUGCCCUGUGAGAACAGUUACGAUGCAGAAAUGGAGGAUGGCACCAUCCCAGCGUUCAAAAGGUCAAGACAAGGGCCCCAUCCUGGCAGGAUCAAAGGGGAGGAGCUGUGCGUGGUGUGUGGGGACAAGGCCUCUGGAUACCACUACAACGCUCUUACAUGCGAAGGAUGCAAAGGCUUCUUCAGGAGGAGUAUCACCAAGAACGCGGUCUACAAAUGCAAGAAUGGGGGGAGCUGCGAGAUGGACAUGUAUAUGAGGAGGAAAUGUCAGGAAUGCCGUCUCCGGAAGUGCAAGGAGAUGGGAAUGCUGGCCGAGUGUUUAUUGACGGAGAUACAGUGCAAGUCCAAGAGGCUGAGAAAAAACACCAAAUCCUCUCCUGACCAUUUCGGCAGAGAGGAGACAGAGGCAGGCGACAGUGGGGACAACAAGCAAGUCACGUCCACCACAAAGGUUCUGAAGGAGAAGAUAGAAUUCAGUCCAGGACAGCUCAAUCUCUUAAAUUACAUCUUAGAUGCCUACAAUAAAUAUCGGAUUCCUCACGAUGUUGCGAAAGAACUACUCCAUGACCAAUUUAAUGCUGAAGAAAACUUCCUAAUACUGACAGAAAUGGCAACCAGUCAUGUGCAAGUGCUGGUGGAGUUUACAAAAAAGCUACCAGGCUUCCAGGCUCUGGACCACGAGGAUCAGAUUGCCUUGCUGAAGGGUUCAGCGGUAGAAGCCAUGUUCCUGCGAUCAGCGCAGAUUUUCACCAAAAAGCUACCGGAGGGACACACGAUGAUGCUGGAGGAAAGGAUCAGAAAAAGUGGUAUAUCAGAAGAAUACAUAACCCCAAUGUUUAACUUCUAUAAAAGCGUCGGAGAGCUUCGAAUGACGCAGGAGGAAUACGCUCUGCUCACCGCGGUAACGAUCCUCUCACCAGACCGCCCUUACGUGAAGGACGUGCAGUCUGUGGAGAGGUUACAGGAGCCGUUGCUCGAUGUCCUCCGCAUAUUCUGCAAGCUGAACCACCACAAAGACCCCCAGCAUUUUGCCCGCUUGCUGGGGCGCCUCACGGAGCUGCGAACUCUGAACCACUACCAUGCGGAGAUGCUCCUGUCUUGGAGGAUGAAUGACCACAAAUUCACCCCCCUGCUCUGUGAAAUCUGGGACGUCCAGUGAGUGCCGUCGGAAGGCACGUCGUGCAGCUUCUGCGACACUGAACGCCUAUUUGAAAGAAUACUGAAAACCAGCCGUCUGUAUGCAACUCUUGCUGUGUUUUACUGUGCGGAGUGAAAUAGUUGCUUCCGCGGCGGACAUAUCACAAGCAGUUACGUUUUCUUGUUUUGAUGCAAGUGUGGUCUCUUCCGUUCACUAAUUGCUGCAUAGAGUUUAUAUUUUUAUAUUUUUAUCGGGUUUUAGAGUGGCACUCCCAAUAUUUUUAGGAAUGAGCAAAUGGCCAUUUUAACAGCACAUAGCAAAAGGGAAAAUGAAAUGCAUUAUCACAUAUUCGCCUAAUUUAUGAAUGGAGAAAUGUUUCUUAUCGUCUCUCUCUAAUACAAGCCACUGUAAUAGCUGUGGGACUGUGGGGCUGUGGGACUAAAAUACUGUACUUGGAUUUUGUAUUUACAUUGUAUCCUUUGUUCUGAAUUUUACUGCCAAAAGCUAUAAAGCACUUGAUUCUUUGUCA